AUGAUGUAUACGUCAAAGGGGAGGUACGCUGUGGUGACGUUUCUUCUGUUUACUCUAAGUCACGGGGAUUCAUUUGGCCGCACGGAGGCACGGCAGCGGUACAAUUCCGCGAUACCGCCACUUUCGUGGCAUCUCGUGCUACCCUGGGAGUACAUGCUGCGCGAGGUUAUCCUCAAGUCGGUCACCCCGUCGCCGUUGGAUGCCAGUGCACCGUACAGGCGCCCGUUGGACGUCUCCUUCUACGGCGGACCGAUGGCUGCGUACUCGAGCGACGAUGAGAAUGUCAUUCUAUCGCGCGGAAACGUCUAUCGUUUACUGAAUGGCCACUGGAUGCUAUGCCAGGAUGGAUGCGUUGAUUGCGAGCCGUGCACGGCUCAGACAGACCCGUUGUUCACGUGGAUUCUCCGGAGGAUCAAGCGACCGUCGAAUUCCAAUCCGGCGCGACACGAUCUCCAGCUGACGAUAAUGCCGCAAGCGAACGAUCACUUGCACGCGAAUAAUUUCUGGCCGAAUUAUUACGUUUACGUGGCGUCACAGGGAGAACAAGUGCCGACUUCGACGAUCAGAAGGCAGUAUGACAAUGGAUCGGAAAAGAAUCCUCAAAAGGAGAUUUCUCGAGAACUCUCUAAUCUCGAGAACAAUUUUUCCGAACGUCAUCAUCGAUCGAAAAAUUUCUGGCAAUUGACAGAACGAGAUUCGAGCACUGAACGAAAUGGGAUACCGCAAGAGAAUGUUUAUGCUACCGUUCAGGAGAAUGUGAGCACCGAAAAGACCGAGCAAAAGGAAUCGCCCGAGCAGAAGUACAAACUCAGGAAUAUGAGACAUCGAUCCCAGUCAAGACCUGUAGAAAAACCCGCGGAAGAAGUGAAUCAAUUGACGCCGAAGUUGAUUCUGGGAACCGAUCAAAAAGGUCAGAAACAUUUGGUUCACGUGGUGCCGGCGGAUUAUCCAACGAUCACUAAGCUCCCUACGAUUUCUCUUUCUUCAAAUUAUCCGAUAUCGUCGCAAUUCAAGAAGGACCAAGCAACACUCUCAAACAACACAAUGUCCAAAUACGAGAAGCAAACUUAUCAACGGAUAUUUCAUAGAGUUUUCGAUUCCUUGAACACGCACAGGCGAUCGAUUGAAGAUUUCCUCGAAUCACCAAUGGACAACAUGGAUGAUGGACGUCGAUCAUCUUCUUUGAUGGAUAAUAUGGAAGUUGCUGGGUUUUCUUGGAAUAAUCGCGAUAUAAAUUACAAAAAUAAUCCGUUGCAUUUUAAUGACACAUUGUUAUCAUCUUCUUAUAUGGGAAAUGAAAGUAAAUUAGGAAAUUAUCAAAAUUAUAUAAACAGGCGUGGUUCUGAAUAUAUGAAACAAAAGAAUGAUCGUUACACAGUAUAUCGAGAUAUGGAUCAAGUUAAGAUAUCGCGUGACCGGUCGCAAACAAGUUCUAAUACAAAUUUAAACAAGGAACAGCAAAAGAUACAUAUUGACUCGUACUCUAAUAUUAAAAAUAAUUCGAGAAUAAUUUCACCGUUAUUGUUACAAAACUUAGACAAUUACUCGGUAAAUGUUAUUCAGAGACCUGGUUUUAGUAAUGACUUUGCUAUAAAUUCCGCAAAACAAAUUAAUCUUAACGACACGUUUGUUGAGAAAGCAAAAAACAAUUCCAUGGAGUCGAGUUCGAUAACAAUAAAACGCGAGAACGGACAAUUGUUCGGCUCAGAAAGACUGAGAAGUGGCGAUGUUAAACGAGAAUUCGAGGCUUCGCGCCAUGCUUUCAGGGUAAUUGUUACUACCAAGUCGCCGGUAAUUCGAAGUGAACACGAAACUUUAAAUCGCACUACAGUAUUACAAAUGACUACUCCGAAGACAUUUGCUAAUAGUUUAUAAUCAGUAAUUGGAAAGAAAAACUAACGAAGAGAAAAAGAGUGAGAAAAGAGAGUAAUAGAAGUA